GUUGCCUGCAUGCCACCUCGCCGGAGCCAACUUCUGCCGCUGUCAUGACUCCGCCGCACUGCCGGGCUCCACGUCGCUGCUUUGCCGAUUUUUGGGCAAGGUUUUCGAUUGACAUCCCUAACUGGAAUGCCUAGGUGAUCCGAUAAUCAACAGACCGAAUUAAUUUUCACGGGAAUACUGAGAAGUACUUGCCAAUCACCGUAAAAGAGUUCUGAUAACAUAUAGGAAACAUGCAGUCACAUGGAAAAAGGGAAUUUCAUUCCCACAUAAUGUUGCAAAAAAACAUGGCACACUUACUUAAUAGCAGCGGAUCAUACAGAGUGAAGGGUGCCAAAAAUUCUUCAAAGGAUAGGGAAGCAACAUUAAUUGGUCAUCGAAAUGAUCCAGGGCAUAAAAUUAAGCAUUCUUGGUCCUCAUGUAUAAAAUAUUUUUCGUCCCCCGACUUAUCUAAAAGUACAUGAAUAGUCUUUUAACUUUUUUCCAUAUACUUGUGUUUCCCAACUAUCGAAGUGGAGACCAAUGUUCGUCUUUCAUCUCAUCUGCAUUUGUACUGUGUUCCUAAAAAAAUAUGUUAUCAGUGCCGGUCUGUCAUGGUUUUUCAUAUAUAGUAUAGUCGUGUGUUCGUAAACCAACCAAGCAAACCAUCCAAAACAUACAAGAUGUACACACCUGAAGAAUAAAACCGAAGAGGGCUAAAUAAAUGCAUUUCAUGCACCUUCACCAUUGGCGCCAGGGCACACUGGACUAGGGCAGCCUGCUUAGUAUUCUUGUGCAUGAUUUGUUCAAGACUAUGACUUGGAAAAAACACACGGUUAAAAAAGAAAUUGAAAACCUAAAGUAGGCAAGUAGGCAAGCUCAACAAUCCCGCUCAACUUCUGAAGUAAAUUGAUCCGUGCACUCUUAUGUGAAUUUGGGAAACACAAUCAUCUACCACAACAGGUUGUGGACUCAAACUCGCGGCAGCUGCCCUCACUCAAUUUUCAUUCUGCUUUACAAUAUAUGUUCAUGCUUUAUAGAUAUUACUCCCACUAGCACUUAACAUUUGCCCCCAUUCCUCUAAUUUAUGUGUAUAUUUACAAAUGCUUAUAAUUUUUGCCCCCUCUGAAUUAAUAUCCUGGGUCCGCCCCUGAAUGCCGGAAUAUCACAAAGAACAGCUUAGUCCAAAUCAGAGCGCAAAAGUGCAGAGCAUAGAAGUGAGAAUUCGUGAAAAGAAAAAAAAAACACCGGCCUAUUCCGAAUCUUGGAGAGUCAUGUUACCAAUAUUUUCCAUUUGGCUAACUCUUUCUCGUACUAAGCUAAACGAUUUCAUAGCUAGGCAGUAAACAUAACUAGUUACGACCUAUACAUGGAGUAAAACCUACUUUUCAACUUCUAGGGUUAAUUUUUAGUUUCAUCGCGUUUUCUGGAGGAUAUUGAGACAAACAUUGAGUGCUAGGGUGACUUUCACGAACAUCAUUACCUACAGGGUGUUUUCUACAAUAUCCAACCAUCCAUGCAUAUAAAAUGCAACCGGAUCGGCUUGAAGCACUAAUCAGCAGGGCUGAGCUGCUUACGUUUGGAAAGAGAGCAAGGGCAUCAUCUACCUGUAACCAUGGCAAAACGGCCAGGCCCUUUAACGGAAUGGCCAUGGAAAUGGAUGGGCAGCUUUAAGUACCUGGUCCUGGCACCCGUGGCGGUGCACACCGCGCACAUGUUGGCUACCAAAGGGAGGGGAGGUAUUAACCCAGCUCAAGCUACCAUAUUACCGAUUUUACUACUGAGGAUGAUGCACAGCCAGAUCUGGAUUAGCUUGUCUCGCCACCAGACCGCACGCAGGAAGCACAUCAUCGUUGACCGCAGUCUUGAAUUCGAACAGGUGGACCGGGAGAGGUCCUGGGAUGACCAGAUCAUCUUCAGUGGGCUAUUGAGCUACAUGGCCUACCUGGCCAUCCCAAAUGUCAGUCUCAUACCAGUGUGGAGUACCAAGGGAGCCAUCAUCACCGCCCUGCUUCACAUAGGACCCGUUGAGUUCCUGUACUAUUGGUUCCACCGGGCAUUGCACCACCAUUUCCUCUACUCUCGCUAUCACUCACACCACCAUGCCUCCAUCGUCGUAGAACCCAUAACCAGUACCAUCCAUCCAUUUGCCGAACAUUUGGUUUAUUUCCUACUAUUUGCGAUCCCCACGUUGGUUCCAACUUUAAUGGGGCGUGGUUCUAUCAUUGGCGUUUUAUUAUACCUAUCCUACGUCGACUUCAUGAAUAAUAUGGGGCACUGCAAUUUUGAGCUGGUGCCAAAGUGGAUCUUGAAAGUUUUCCCUCCUAUGAAGUAUCUCAUGUACACUCCAUCGUUUCAUUCUCUCCAUCAUACACAGUUUCGUACCAAUUACUCAUUGUUCAUGCCAUUCUAUGACUACAUAUAUAACACAAUGGACAACUCAACUGAUGAGUUAUAUGAGAGAACACUGAAAGGAACAGAAGAAACACUAGAUCUUGUUCACUUGACACAUAUGACCAGCGUGCAAUCAACUUAUCAUCUAAGGAUUGGGGUUGCCUCCAUAGCCUCUAAACCAUCUGAUAACUCUGUAUGGUAUAUGUGGAUGAUAUUGCCCAUGGCCUGGCUUUCAAUGGUAUUAGCAUGGGUUUACGGAUCUUCUGCAUUCAUUGUUGAAAGUCUCAAACUGAAGAAGUUCAAGAUGCAAACAUGGGCAAUACCAAGAUACAACUUCCAAUAUGGCUUGAUUUGUGAGAGAGAAUCCAUCAAUAGUUUAAUUGAGAAGGCAAUAUUAGAUGCUGAUGGAAGAGGGGUCAGGGUGCUCAGUCUAGGAUUGUUAAAUCAGGAAAAACAACUCAAUAGAAGUGGUGAACUAUUUACACAAAAAUAUCCAAAUUUAAGAGUUCGACUUGUCGAUGGAAGUGGCUUAGCAACUGCAGUGGUACUCAAGAGCAUCCCUUUAGAAACAAAGAGAGUUUUUCUUUGUGGAACCAGUUCUAAGGUAACCCAGGCUGCAGCUACAACUUUAUGUGAGAGAGGUGUCCAGGUAAUCAUGAACCAAAAGAAGGCGUAUGACAUGCUCAAGUUGCAAGUUCCGGAGAGAAAUACUAUUUACUUGAAACUCUCAAGUGAUGAAAUACCACAGAUCUGGAUAGGAGAUAACAUAGAUGAUAUGCAACAACGAAGGGCACAAAAAGGAACAAUAUUUGUUCCUACAUCGCAGUUUCCCCUUAAGAAGACACGCAAGGAUGAUUGCACUUACUUGAGUAGUCCAGCAAUGAAGAUUCCUGAAAUAAUGCAGAACGUCCACACAUGUGAGAAUUGGCAUCCAAGAAGGGUGAUGAGUGCAUGGCGUAUUGCUGGAAUGGUACAUGCUCUGGAAGGUUGGGACAUGCAUGAGUGUGGAGAUGAUAUGAUGGACACCGAGAAGGUUUGGUCGGCAGCUAUUAAGCAUGGAUUCAUUCCACUGACAAAAGCUUGAUUCUUCUAAAUCCACGUAGAUAUCUUGGUCAAUAAUGAUGUAAUGUUAAGGAGUGUCGGAUAUAGAUGCUUAUUGGCUGCUUCAUUGAGCAGGGUUCACGUAUAUUGUGAUAGAAAAGCAUAAAUAAAAAUAUCAUAGCUGAGUACUUGGCUUUAUGCAUGUAAUGUAACGUAUGAGUCAUUGACUACUCUAGAAAUAAUCAAAGCAUGCAUUAGAGUAUCA